GGCCACCGCGGGGUGAAAUCUUAGAAGACAGCGCAAAGCUCGCGAUAACGCCGCUAGAGACAUGCUGCCUGUCAAACGACGUCCCGCUGCUUUUGAUACCUGCUGGAAGUGCUACGGACAAGUUUAGCUUCACCGCCGCUACCUCACAAAUAAAAUACUUGUUUUGAGCGAGUAUAAUCAGCACCUUGGAGUUCGAUCAAGAGGACGCGUAGACGAAGAGGCACGGGGGCGUGUUUCAACGAAUAUUUUAGGCCAAGUGAUUCAAAAAGAACUAGGCAAAGACAUCGUCAGCUACUGGACUGCACCUAGUCUGGGCUAGCUAGUCCGGGCGCUAUUCUUGAGGUCCCUCAGCUGAGCUGAGAACUUGUUGGAUCACCCGCGCAUCGUACGCCUUGGUCUAAAAUCCCACCAGAAACAACCUAGAACAAGCUAGCGCCUACCCGCCUCAGCCGCCCUAGCCGUUCGGUCGGUUUACGGGAUUGGUUAUUAUUGUGCCAACCGCAAUAUUGAACAGUCACAGCACUGCUGAUUGAUAUUGGAGGGAAACAAGUUCUUUGGCUAGCAUGGCGGCCACGCAACUAGCAGCAGGGGACAGGAACGUCGCUGACAACUCCGUCAUCCCAUCGGAACCCGCGGCUACUGCUACUUCUGCUGCUGCUACCACUACACCUUCCAGGGCCACACCCUCAACCCCAGCUCCAGCACCCGACACCACCAACCCAGAGUCUUAUGAGGCCCAGCACGUUCACCAGGUCUACAAUACCAUCGCCCCGCACUUCUCUGCGACCCGCCACAAGCCCUGGCCCGUGGUAGCCGCGUACCUGGCCUCGCGCCCGCCGGGUUCCCUAGGCUUAGACGUCGGCUGCGGAAACGGCAAGUAUCUGUCGUGCGUGCCGCCGGGCUGCUUCGCCCUGGCCUGCGACCGCAGCGACCAGCUGGUUGGCCUGGCGGCACGGAGCCAACAAAGGACCACCACCACAGCAGCAGCAGCAGCAACACAGUCAUCAUCGCAGCAGCCCCAACCCCAACACCAAAACAACCAGGCACUGGUAGCUGACGGCCUAGCCCUGCCGUUCCGCGACUCCCGUGCCGACUUUGCCAUAUGCAUCGCCGUCGUGCACCACAUGAGCACGCGCACCCGGCGAGUUGCCGCCCUGUCCGAGAUCCUGCGGUGUCUGACGCCGCCCGGUCCGUCAUUUGACGGCAGCGACCUGGGCGCCGAGUCUGGCAGGGCGGGAGGCGGUGGGACCGUCAUGAUCUUUGUUUGGGCGCUCGAGCAGUCGUCCAGCCGUAGAGGGUGGGGUGAGGGAGGGGAGCAGGACCUCUUGGUGCCCUGGGUCAUGAAGGGGGAUCAUGGCAGAGAGAAAAAGAAGAAAGGGGGUAAAAAAGGGCCCGCCGCCGCUGCUGGUGAUGGGCAAGAGGACAAAAGAAUUGGGCAGGAUGGAGAAGAAGCGUCCCCACCAGCUGCUGGUAAGCCUGAUCAGACCUUCCAGCGGUAUUACCACCUCUAUAGAGAAGGGGAGCUGGAAGAGGACAUUGUCGCAGCCCAUGGGAGGGUGCUAAGCAGUGGUUAUGAUAGAGAUAAUUGGUGGGCUGUAGCCAGCAGAGCGGCGCCCUCCUAGCCCCACUCCACCGUAUGUUGCUUUGAAACUCAUCCGAGGCACAGAAAAAGAUCAAUUAAAAAGGGUGAACCUACACAUCUAACGCCCAUCAUGACGCAUGACUAUCUAUCCAUAAAAUGUCAGCAAAAGGCUCUGAUAAUGCAGAACCAACCUAUCAAGGAUAUCUGAAGGCCUCCCACGUCGCUGUCAUCUCUAAAUCAAAAACUAAAUUAAACAAAAGCAAAGCAACCCAGUGGCGCUUGUAAGAUGGGUAGUGAUGUAAACAAAUAGAUAAAGGGGAGUAAAGAAAAGGGGAGAGAGCAAAACCAUAAGGUAAAGAUUCAUUAGAAACGAGAAACAAAAGAAAAAGAAAUCUCCCCGCCGUACAAGAUAAAAAGUCUACCGUCAUGAAUCGUCUCCAAUCCUUCAAUGUCCGUCCAGAAAUC